AUGUCAGCUAUAAUCUACCCAAGUAACCUUAGUGUCGUACCAGCACCGCCCAGAAACCCCACUACCGUCAAAACAACGGUUCUACCAAAGGCAGGAUGCUCGACCGGCCGGGCCUUGGAUGGUGUUGGGGGGAAUUGCUAUACGCUCCUCAAAAAGGUCACACACGCUGACGCAAAAUCUCAAUGCCAAAAACUUGGCGGCUCGCUUGGCUCCAUUCACUCGGAAGCUAUGAACAAGAAAGUCCAAGAAUGGAGCGUGGAGGAGCUGAAGGGCAGCAUGGCAAAAGACAAAAAGUACUCGACCCUGCUUGGAGCAUCCAGCAUCCAAUCCGUAGACUACAAUUACCGCUGGCUAGAUGGUACGGCACUGAAUUAUACAAAUUGGGAGUACGAGUUGUUGGACAACCUCGAACGAAGCGAGCUUUGCCUGGAGCUAACGGCGUCGGGCACAUGGAAUGACCUUGCUUGCGGGGAAAACGCUCGGAUUGUCUGUGAGAAAUCUGGGCCAUGUGCUACCGGUUGGAAAGCCGGAUCUACAAAAAAUCUCUGCUAUCUGGCAGUAAAUAAGGACGUGCCCUUCGCGGAGGCCGAUAAGUACUGCAAGGCAAAAUCUGCCACCCUACCCAUAGUCCGUAACAAGGAUCAAAACAAGGACGUCAUAGCGGUGUGGAACGGUACGGAGGAGUCCAUUUGGCUGAAUGCGAAAAGGGAGAAGGGCAUGGAGAAAGAGUUCAGCUGGGAUGACCGAACCCCGGUGGAUUAUACCAACUGGGUUGACCUCGAGCCGAACGAUUACGAAGGAGCUAGCCCGAAACCUAAGCAGGAGAAUUGCAUCGAGAUGUACCUACAAGAAUUCAAGGAGAAGGAAGGAAAAGGUUACGUCGGCCAAUGGAAUCAGCUUGGAUGCGCGGGGCGAACGUUUGAUUUGGCGCUGUGCAAGGUUCCGAACGGCGCUACCGCGACCCCGCAACUGCCGAACCCACUUUGGAAGUCAAUGUUGUGC